CCCGACUACAAAAAUAGUUUCUAGCUGCCCGACCGCGCCUCAUCAUAGUUCGUUUCGUAUCGAAAGCACGUAAAACAGAUGAAAAGCAGUUCGUGAAAUGAAAGGCUUUCGUGGUGCUGUACGUCUUCAACAAAACUUUCCAAAAGUCGGUUCGUAAUUCAAAAAAGAAAAGUCGGCUCGUCCACGUGUGGUUUCUUCGUUUAGGUGCUUUGUCUCGCUGUGUUGCUAUACAGCGUCGGCCUAUGACCCUACCCCCUCGGGGGUACGGACAUACGGACGAUCUUUUAUGCACUUCGGAUUGGGAUUGACGACGGUUCCCGAUCGCCGUUGACUGUGAGCUAGCACCCACGGUGAGUCUUCGGCUUGACCAGACGGGUUCCGUGCGAGCACCCUCUACGAUUCCCAGCCCCUUUUCGCCCUUGGUCUGGGGUGGCUGGAUUCGAGUCAUGGAGGGACCCCGUGUGGCAGAAGUCCCUCCCCUCCGUUGCUGCUGCGCGUAGGCUCGUAUCGUAUCGUUCUACUCUCGUGAACUCGUAGAUCUACGUACAGGAUGACUCCUUUUCAAGACUUGUUUCCCCGGAAGCAGUCUACGUUUUGUCAACUCGCUCUGAGCUACUUAUUAUAACCUUGAAAGAUUACUUCUCACUCUUAAGCUCUCACUUUUUUGAGUUUUAGUAGGGCUUUUCAGCCAAAAAGGGACGGACUGCCCUUAGAUCUCCGAUGUGAUGCUAGGGCAUACAUCACAGACAGUCAUGGGCCAUGCAAAAUAUGCAUGACAAACGUGGCAAAAAUCUUCUAGCCCCAGACAUAUUCGCAAUGCAUAGCCCGCGCUUGCGUGGCGCCCUCUUGACGGAAACGGGAAUGAUCCCCAUCAAGGGGCCGCACACCUGUCCGGUGGAAACGAUAAAGGCAGGCAUGGAUCACAUCUUCGAGGUUUUGCACGAUCCGCAGUAUUUAUCAAACCGAUGAAUGACGUGAGGAACUCCGCCUGCGGCUCUCCCCCAGUUGAACAAAGGUGCAUGAGCCAAAUGCAUGAGCCCAGUUGAAGAACAAGUGCAUGAGCCCAUUUUUACAGCUUGAAGUCGAAAGUGCAUGCAGCCCCAGCUGCAUAACGACUUCACCAUACCAGCUGGUUUCGUUUGAGCUAAUAUUCUGGAUGGACUUGUCAUGCGAUUGUAUCUGCCGAACGGGCCCGGGAUGGCAAAAUUGGCAUUUUACAUCGCAAAUGAGGGGGAGCAGGGGAGAAUACUUCUUGCCCGCCGCUCUCAUACUGUUACAGCAAUGGGAAGCGCGUGGUGCAGCAUGUGUCGUGGUUCAAUUUUUUCUCCGACGGCGAUAUCCCACACUAGAGAAAAAGUAGAAUGUAUCAGCACAUUUAUAAAUGCAAAAAUAGAAGAUAAAGAAAUGAAAACUUUCACAGCAAGUAGAAGAUCUGCAUAUUACUUAACAUUAUUACCUGAAACAGCACGGCAUGGCCGUGCCCACGACACCAGGCAGAAGAUUUAGCUGUGGAUGUGUUUUUGCAUUACAAAGCUGGUUCUCGCGGCUUUUUCCUUUUUCUCUGGGAUAGGCCAUAGCACGACAUCUGGUAUCAAAUGCAAAAAUGUCUGGGUCUGGAAGAGUCGGGACUUGCCAUGCACAUUUUGCAUGACCCGUGAGGCCUGUGAUGCUGGUGCUAGCAUCACAGAUUUUUUGCGAGCUUCUUGAUGCUAAUUACGCAUGAGAAAUGCCCUCUCCGCGUGCCAAGAGCUGACUCCUCUUGCUGCUCAUGCAACACAGAUAUUUUUAGAAUCCGCAGACAGCAUUACAAGUUGCAUUCUUCCAGACCCAGACAUUUUUACAUUUGAUAUCUGGAUUCGACAUGCGAUUGGUCGACGGAGAGGGCAAU